AUGGUGGACCAGACAGUUCAGGGAGCCAUGAUGGACCAGGCAGUUCAGGGGGUCAUGGUGGACCAGGCAGUUAAGGGGGUCAUGGUGGACCAGGCAGUUCAGGCGGCCAUGGGGGACCAGGCAGUUAAGGGGGCCAGGGAUUACCAAGCAGUUCAGGGGGCCAUGGUGGAGCAGGCAGUUCAGGGGGUCAUGGUGGAGCAGGCAGUUCAGGGGGCCAUGGUGGAGCAGGCAGUUCAGGGGGUCAUGGUGGAGCAGACAGUUCAGGGAGCCAUGAUGGACCAGGCAGUUCAGGGGGUCAUGAUGGACCAGGCAGUUCAGGGGGUCAUGGUGGACCAGGCAGUUCAGGGGGUCAUGGUGGACCAGGCAGUUCAGGCGGCCAUGGGGGACCAGGCAGUUAAGGGGGCCAGGGAUUACCAAGCAGUUCAGGGGGCCAUGGUGGAGCAGGCAGUUCAGGGGGUCAUGGUGGAGCAGGCAGUUCAGGGGGCCAUGGUGGAGCAGGCAGUUCAGGGGGUCAUGGUGGAGCAGGCAGUUCAGGGGGCCAUGGUGGAGGAGGCAGUUCAGGGGGUCAUGAUGGACCAGGCAGUUCAGGGGGUCAUGGUGGACCAGGCAGUUCAGGGGGUCAUGGUGGACCAGGCAGUUCAGGCGGCCAUGGGGGACCAGGCAGUUAAGGGGGCCAGGGAUUACCAAGCAGUUCAGGGGGCCAUGGUGGAGCAGGUAGUUCAGGGGGUCAUGGUGGAGCAGGCAGUUCAGGGGGCCAUGGUGGAGCAGGCAGUUCAGGGGGUCAUGGUGGAGCAGGCAGUUCAGGGGGCCAUGGUGGAGGAGGCAGUUCAGGGGGUCAUGGUGGAGGAGGCAGUUCAGGGGGUCAUGGUGGAGCAGGCAGUUCAGGGGGCCAUGGUGGAGCAGGCAGUUCAGGGGGUCAUGGUGGAGCAGGCAAACGCAAGCAUCGCAAUGCCAAGACGUUAUCUUCUCACUUUGAUAUUGGCCAGUGCUCUGAUUUCUGUAACUGGAGAUUAUAGUAUCAGACUGGUCAAUGGUGAUAAUGACUGCUCUGGAAGAGUUGAGAUGCUUUAUAAUGGCCAAUGGGGGACAGUGUGUGAUGACCACUGGGACAUGAAUGAUGCUGCUGUGGUGUGCAAACAGUUGGGAUGUGGAAAAGCUGUUAGAGCACAAACCAGUGCUCAUUUUGGUCAGGGAAGUGGUCCGAUCUUGUUGGAUGAUGUGAGAUGUUCAGGAAGUGAAUCAUCACUCACACAGUGCUCACAUCCUUCUAUUGGAAAACAUGACUGUAGUCAUUCUGAAGAUGCAGGUGUUGUCUGCUUACAGGGUAUGUUAUUUUUUCCCCUGUAG